AUGGCGGCGCACUACAUGGCCUCUCCAGCAAGCUCAGACGAAGGCGAGAUAAGAGACGAAGGUGCAGAGAAGGCAAACACAUCGCUAUUUCAUCAACAUGGCACAUCAGUUGACCGUCAAGACAGAAAUCACUCUAGUACCUCUCCAUCAUUAUCGUCCGAUCAUGAAUACGUCUACAGAAAAAAUAUACAGCGAGAACGGAGCAGAUCUCCACGAAGUUUUCGCAAGUCGUUACCAGUAAAAAGAAUUAGAGAUGAGGAGUAUGUUGAUCGAUCCCGCGGCGAUCCACGUAAAUUUAAGGUUCAUUACGAAGAUUCUUCACACGAUUAUCAACGACGCUCCAGACCAAAAUAUUCAGGCACUUCUGGCCAAAGCUGCCUCCCAUACGAUGAUGGAGAUGAUACAAGUGCAACCAAAAGGGCCAGAACUCGAAGCAGGUCUCCGUACCGAGCAUCUCGAGGCAUAGAUAGGCACACUUGUGGCGACCAACCAAGGAAAGGUGAUAGAUAUACCGGCGGAUACAAUAUGAAGUGUUAUUCCUAUGCUAAUAGAGACAUAAGAAAUCGAGAUUCUGACCAGUCAGCCAGAAAAUGGGAACCAAACCUACUGCCUACUAGUGACAUAAGGCAUGAUGGUAAACUUACACAAGGGUCAUUAUUUAACGAAAAGAAGGCUAGUUUGAGCGACGAAAAGAGUGACGAUGCAUCAUCUGCACCAGCUCCCUCUGGCGAAGAGGAUCUUGAUGAAGCAGCUUUGAUCGAGAUGCGUAGGAAACGGCGUGAGGCGAUCAAAGCUAAGUACAAAGUUUAUGCAUCACCACCAUUGGCUGAAGCAUUGAAUCUGGGGAACUCUGGAGACAAUCCAGUCGAAUCUAACACUAUAUAUCAACCAACAGAUCAGACGCCUCAAAUGCAGAAAAUCUCAGCAGAUACUAUCGCUUCAUCCGGCUCAACAGAUCCAGGGGAACCUAAAUCACCAGUAAUUUUUGCCGUUGAUAACGAUCCAGAAGUAACAAGAGCAGGCCAUGAAUCAAUGACCUACGAUGAUAUAAACGGUCCUUCGGCUGCUGACUACGACCCUACAGUAGAUAUGAGAGAAGAUCAAGAAAGAGAUGAUCAGCGGUAUAAUACAAAUAUCGGGUUACCAAAAGACAUUGAAUCGACAGAAAAAAUACAAAAAAUUUCUACGGAACCAACGUCUACACAAGACCCUAAAGUUUCUCAUGAUGACUUUGAUAUGUUCGCCGAGGAUGAUGAUAUGUUUGCUGAGCAACGCUCACCUAAGCAUGAGACUAAUACUGUCGUUAUGCCAACCCAAUCUGUCUCUCUCCCCGAAGCGAAAGAACUUGAUGUAGGAAUGCUUGAUAACUGGGAUGACAGUGAAGGUUAUUAUAGAAUUAUUUUAGGAGAGCUUCUCAAUGGUAGAUAUCAUGUCCAAGCAAAUUUGGGUAGGGGUAUGUUCUCUGGAGUUGUUCGAGCUAUGGACGUUACAACAAAAAAACUUGUAGCCAUAAAGCUCAUUAGAAAUAAUGAAACCAUGCGUAAAGCCGGAUUGAAGGAGAUAGAGAUCCUCAGAAAACUCAAUGAUGCCGAUCCAGAAGAUAAAAAGCAUGUGAUCAGGCUAGAGCGAUAUUUCGAGCACAAAGGUCACCUCUGCAUGGUCUUUGAGAACUUAAGUGUUAACCUCCGGGAGGUAUUAAAAAAGUUUGGGCGCGAUAUCGGAAUAAAUAUUCGGGCUGUUCGAGCAUAUGCGCAGCAGAUGUUUCUGGGGCUCAGCCUCAUUCGAAAAUGUAAUAUUCUACACGCUGACUUGAAGCCCGAUAAUAUACUUGUCAGCGAAAACCGGAACUUGCUAAAGAUCUGUGAUUUGGGCUCGGCAUCUGAUGCGUCAGACAAUGAGAUUGCGCCCUAUCUAGUCAGUCGAUUUUACAGGGCGCCAGAAAUUAUUAUUGGAAUGCAAUAUGACUUCGCAAUCGAUAUCUGGUCUGUGGGAUGCACUUUAUAUGAAUUAUACACAGGGAAAAUACUUUUUACCGGCCGCACUAAUAACCAAAUGCUCAGAUCAAUCAUGGAUUGUAGAGGAAAGUUUACAACCAAAAUGCUUAAACGCGCUCGAUUCGCUCAUGUACAUUUUGAUGAAAUGGCUAACUUCAAGAGUGUCGAGCAAGACAAACUAACUGGAAAGGAUACUGUCCGAAUCCUCUCCUUUUCAAAACCUUCCCGGGACCUUCGUACCCGCCUAUCAUCUGCAUCCAAGGGUUUGACGGAAGCUGAAACCAAAGAGCUAGCUCUGUUCGCUGACUUAUUAGAUCGAUGCCUCGUGCUUAACCCCGAAAAAAGAAUUACACCGACUGAGGCUCUGAAACAUCCAUUUAUCUUGAAAAAUACCCGCUGA